AUGAAUAAAGUAUUCGUCACAUUAGUCAUUUCCUUCUGCUGCUCGUUAGUAUUUGCGCGAAUACCUGACUGUGAAUUAUCAUUCGAUACAGGUCUAUGUCGUGGCAUGUUUCCUGCUGUUUAUUUUGAUUCGUCGUCAAAUCAAUGUAAAGAAUUUAUUUAUGGUGGUUGUGGAGGGAACAACAAUCGUUUCGAUAGUGUACAGAAGUGUCUCGAAACAUGUGCAAACUAG